ACUCUUCAUAGUAGUGAAUGCGCUAAUACAACAUUUGAGAUAAUCGUUGAGGGGCUCUUCAUUGAUUAUUUCACGUGUGCGAUUAAUCACAGAAUCUAGGAGGCGGCGCUAACAUAAACAGCAUCUUACAAACCUGUCUUCAAGACUUCGUGCGUCGGUGGUAUAUUGAGCUUUACCUAAACAUUGGACGAUAACAGGACGAACAGCGAACUGACCAACAUCACAUGUCUCGCUAGAACCAAGCGUCAUCAUUCAUCCAAACGAGUGAUAGCUUUUUGGGGUCAAAUAACUGUUAGCUCAUUACAAUGGAUUUUUUUGCGAGAGAAUGAGAACCUUGUAAGGGCAUUUGCAAGCAUAGAUGGUCGUUGGUCCUCAAAAACAAAUGAAAUUUUAAUGGAGUUAUCUUUCGAAGCCGAGGUAGAGCGUCUGCAAGUCGCCGAGGAGGCGGUGCGAAUUGUGAAAAAGUUUAAUUCUGGCGGAAAAAACAAAAAGGAACGCAAUGAUCGGCUCGUGCACUUGUGCACGGAGAUCGCCAACAUCAUCGACAAAAACAAAAGGCUUGAGCGUGUUGUCCACAAGCAAGAAUCUGAACUUGAGAGGUUCCGCGCAGAGGGAACUACUUCAGUCGAGCUUCAAGCGGACACAAAGAGCCAGAAGACCCCUACAACCGAAGACGUUAGGCAGCACUCUUCCCCCGCUACCCCUUCUUCUGGGCGUGGCACAUCUAACACGACACAGGAGGCAGGUACGGACCCGUUAUUGUCCUGGCCCGAGAGACCUUCUAACCAGUCGCGUGCUACAAGCCCUUCAAGUCAUCCGGCUUUCCGUCACGUACCGAUUCAGACGAGGAAAGAACGCUGACACAGUCGCGCGCAACCAGUCCUCUCAUAUUGUCUGAGGAGUGGUCACGUGAGACACAGUCACGUGGUACAAGUCCAAUCAAGUCGUGGUCGUCGACGCGAGGGUGUGACGCGGAUUUAGAAUUUGACGACAUGGAUCACCACGGGGAAGAUGGUUACACGGACGAUUUUGCGUCAGAGGAAAGUGAAAGAAAGGAAAACGAUGAUCAAUCCGAAGCGGAAUUCGAGAAAAAUGAGGAAGAAGGCGAAGAAAACACGAAAUCGCACGAGGAACAUCAACAGCGAACCUCUCCAGAAGGUUUACCACCGGCAGAGAGGCAGCCGGAUAGAGGGAAAAAGACCAAACCGAAAGCCACCUCUAUAAGGAAACCUGCCAAAAGGAAAGAAAGGGAAAAACACAAAGAAGAACAGGCCAACGACUCCAAUUGGAAGCAAGAGAAAGGCAAAGACAAGGAGAAGAAGCAAGAGAAAAUAGGGAAGCUUGUGAAAGGUGAAAAGUCUAAAAAGCAGAAAAGAGGCGAACGCGAAGAUCACGGUAAAACAAGCAAAGAUAAUCGUAAAAGUACAAGUCCUAAGGAACCACGGAAAACCCAAAACGAAUCAAAGCACCAGAGGGAGAGUUCCGAUGCCAAGUCUACGGCUAAUAAGAAGGAAAGUCAAACAGGGAGCAGAAAUGAAGAACAGAGUCCAAAGACGAAUCCUAGGCCGCCUAGACGUAGAGCAAGGAAUGUGCCUAAAAUGUCUGGCCGCGUGGUGUCAGGUAAUAGCGCUCACUGGUACUCGAGUGAAAGUUCAUCGAGUAGUGAGGAAAGCGAAGAUGAUGACAUCAUACGAAAGAUAAGACCUGAAUUAACGACCGAGUACUGGGAGAUUCACAGGCUGGUUAAGUAUCUUAGGGCCGGCAACCCUACCGUGACCAUCAUCGCCUUGUGUGCACUACAAGACUUUUCUAUUGAGCAAGAAGGAUGCCAGCUUUCCCUGCUUGAUUUGAGGGCUGCUCCGGUGCUUCUCAACCUCCUGAACACGGAUAACUAUUCAUGCGUGAUUGGCUCCCUUCAGCUUCUCCGACGUCUUUCCUGUAGCAAGUUUGUCAACCUUGAGUUGUACCGACUUGGAGGUGUUGAGCAGCUUGUUUCGUGUCUUGAGAGCAGCUCAUUUGAAGUACAAUCUUUGGCGGCUGCCACGCUAGCAAACCUCGUCACGUUCGGCAAGGCGUACAGUGCCGUCAGAAAGGGCAAGGGCAUCAGGAAACUUGUCGAACUACUGAAACCCGGGGACACGAAAUCUGUAAAAGUACACACUCGGAGUUAUACUAAUGACCACGAUCAUUCCACGCUGCGCCGCAAUGCCUGCAAUGCAUUAUGGAGCUGCAGUAAGAGCUCUAAAAAUAUUACCGCUAUCCGUACCGCGGGCACAGUGCCAAUUCUUGCCUCUCUCUUGACUAGCGGCAAACAUGACUUACAGCUUCCAGCAGUUGGAAUCAUCCAAGAGUGCUCUAACGACACGGUAUUCAGAGGGGAAUUACGAAAAAACGGUAUGAUACAAGAAAUCGUUCAGCUCCUUAUCGAUGGCAGUGAGGACAUGAAAGCUCUCUGCGCAAGCGCAAUCGACAAGUGCGCUGAAGAUGAGGAGACCAGAGAGCUCGUCCUGAAGCAUGGGGGCCUGGAUCCCAUGGUUGAUGUUCUAGCUACGAGGCCGUGUAAGAACGCUGAGUUGCUUGCGGCUAUAGCGGGUGCCCUGUGGAAAUGCGCCGAACAUGGUGACAGUAUGCGCAGGUUGGAGAGACUUGGUACUGUGAACCAUCUCAUCACUCAAGUCAAAUUGGAGCACUCAUUACCGGUGAUGUCUAAUCUAAUUGGAGCGCUUGGACAGUUUGCCUACUGUAAGAGGAAUAUUCUCACAAUCCACGAGGAGAAAGUGCUCGACAUUCUGAUCCAGAAACUUAACUUAACAGAGCCUAGCAUUCUCAUUAAUAGCAAUGCGUUACUGGCAAGAUGCGCAAAAGAAAACGCCCUUAGAAGCCAUAUACUAAGCAGUGACGGGCUAAGGCUCCUUUGGUCUCAUCUCAAAUUUUCAAACCCGAAGGUAGUAGCUAGCGCCGCGGAUGCCAUAUCUAUGUGUGCGGUGAAACCCGAGGAGUCCGCCGAGAUGAUUCGCUCAUUCGUUGGUGGUCUUGAGCUCGUCACUGCGCUUUUGAAAUCAAACAGACGAGAGAUACUGUUAGGCGUCUGCCGACUUAUCAUCAACAUUGGUCAAGACCGAGAAAACAUGUCAAUCAUGACGGAUUAUGGCGUCAUUCCAUUGUUAGUGACACUGAUCGAUACGCCGGAUGACGAGGAGAUGAGGCGAUAUGUGGCGGAGGCGAUAGCAACCUGUUGUAAUCUAGAUAAGAACAUACCUGCACUAUCUUCCACCGUCGUCCCCCUCACUGAUGGACUGAGUACCUUCAAGAGCGUUGAGGUUCACAAAGCCACCGCACUAGCGCUAGAGAAACUCUCUCAGGACUCCAGAAAUUGCGCUUUGAUAUGCAAGCAUGGCGCCCGCAAGCAUCUGAUGAUUAUGAUGGCAUCCUCCGAUGAAACCGUGCAAAACGCUGCCGCACGCUGCAUAAAAAACGUCCGUAUGAAUACGGUGAAUGCCAACAGCUGAAGUGGAAGCUAUCGAAAGACAGGUCACGUUAACAAUCGCACAGUUUCCAAAAGACAGGUCACGUGAGCUUUCACACAGCUUUCAAAAUACAGGUCACAUGAUGUAGCAACGUGACAUUAUCUGAACGUACACAAUACACACAGGCAUGUUGGAGACUUGGUAGCAAUCAAGAUCUCGCCUAAUUAAUUAAAGAGAAACCCACGUUUUUCUCUUUUGUGAAUUACUUUCUUUUGAACUGCUAUGUACAGUAAACUUAAAUUAUUAAAUUUCGCAUUUUAUAUAUUGCAACUAUAAAAUAAAAGCAUUAUUGUGCA